UUGCGCAGCAAUUGCGCCGGUAGGUUCAACGUUCAUUGAAUACGUUAUUGAUAAAACAGCUGCGUACAAAAUACUGGCAAUGACAAGGAUAUUUAAACAGCUGUGAAUCUAUCAAUGUGGUCGGACCACAUGUUGGAUGUACGUCACGAUAGUGCACAUGAUUGCCGGGAAUGAAAACGAGAAAAUAGGGGAAACAGAACUUGUAUUCAACGUUGCGACCAAUCAUGAUUAAACAUACAUCUAAAAAAAAAAAAAAAAAACAGUGAGAGAACUUCAUUUGGUCAGUCAAUCCACACAUACAUUUAUACAGACGGCGACAUUCCGCCAAGCCACUGCAAAUCUAGGAUCAGGUAACCCAAGUCGUGAUGUGCCGUUUCAUUUUCAUUUUCCUCCUAUGGAAUUACGCGACACGAGUAGAUACAGCUUCCAUUGCGGAUGCACCAGCACUUCGUCCAACACGUAUCGUCAACGGUGAAGAAGUCAGAGAUGGAGAGGUGACGUGGCAAAUAUCCUUGCAGCUAUCGUUGGCCGUAAGCGGACAAGACCGGCAAAGGACAAUGUCUCAUUUUUGUGGAGGAGCGAUCAUUAAUAGCCAAUGGGCUAUCACGGCAGCACACUGUGUUUACCAAAAAAUGUACAUCACCUCUGAUAACUUGUUCAUUGUCUUUAACACCACAAAUAUGAAACUGCCUGACGCUGCUAACAUUGGCGUGGAAAAAAUCUUUUCGGCCAAUUACAAUGAGGAUACGAAAGAAAACGACUUGGCAUUGUUAAAACUUAAGGAAAGUAUUUACAAUGUGACGGAGUCAUUUGGCGCUGUUUCGUUGCCGUCCGAGUCCUUUGAUCCAUCGGGGGACUGCGUUGUAAGUGGAUGGGGCUACCAGAAAGCAAAUGCUGGUAUUACACCGGACCACCUAAUGGCCGCUAAUGUCACAAUAUUAACAGAUGAAGAUUGCCAAAACCGAUUCAGUCCUCAUUAUACGAUCUACCCCGGGAUGAUUUGUGCAGGUGGCAAAGAAAAGGACGCGUGUCAGGGAGAUUCUGGAGGGCCUUUGGUGUGCAAGAGCUCAACAGGACAAAACGUUCUGACAGGGAUAGUUAGCUGGGGCAUUGGAUGCGCGACUCCCCAUAUUCCCGGCGUUUACACCAAGGUGGCUAAGUACAUGGACUGGAUUAACAAAAUAAUGGCCGAUAAUUAAGGUUCAGUGAACCCUACCCGUAACUUCUCCAAAACCGUUUAAAAUUCCCAGUCGACUUUACAACACAAUUUACUAGAAAUUUUAAUACCUGUUAUUUUUUUAUUCACAAAUGACUUGUUUCUUCUCUGGAUUAUUUGAUGUUUUGUCCUCUUCUUCUUCACUGUCAGAGACGGAACUGGCACUGGACAAACAAUCGGAAUCGUUUCCAGCAUCCACAGCCUCGGCAGUUGAUGAUUUCUAAAAAUUUUAAAAAAUCAGAGAUAUAAAUUUUAAUCUAAAUUCCGGUCCGUAAUACCCAAAUACAAUUUAUUUGUAUUAUAUUUGUCUAAUUGGCUUAAGAUGAAAGGAAAAUAAAUGUUUUUUUCUUCAAA